UCAUUUGUUUUGGAAAGCAUGCUGGUGUGUCAUUUUGACAGGAUGUGAGAAAGACAGCAGUGGAAGUGUGUGCUGCAUGCCCGAUGCCAGGGUGUACUGGAAGGCCAUAUUUUCAGGUAAAUGAAGAAGCCUGCCAGAAACAUAAACCUGGGUUGUAGCUGAGCUGUUUCUCAGUGGAGUGACCACUGAUCUGAUACGUGAGCAGAGAUGGAAAAGAUGGCAGGUGUCAACACCAUCAGUGGUCGAACUAUGUUUUGCCACCUGGAUGCUCCAGCAAAUGCCAUCAGUGUGUGUCGAGAUGCCACACAGGUGGUGGUGGCCGGGCGCAACAUCUUCAAGAUCUUCGCCUUGGAGGAGGAUGGUUUUGUGGAGCGUCUCAACCUGCGCGUGGGCCGCAAACCAUCUCUGAACUUCAGCUGCGCUGACGUCAUGUGGCAUCAGGCAGAUGACAGUCUGUUGGCUACAGCGGCCACCAACGGCGCCGUGGUAACAUGGAACCUGGCUCGGCCGUGUCGCAAUAAGCAGGAGCACCUAUUUGCUGAGCACAAGCGCACUGUUAAUAAGGUGUGCUUCCACCCCAGCGAGGCACACAUGCUUCUCUCUGGCUCUCAGGAUGGCUUCAUGAAGUACUUCGACCUGCGCAAGAAGGAGAGUGUCAGCACCUUCUCUGGUCAGUCUGAGAGCGUUCGAGAUGUGCAAUUCAGCAUGAAGGACUAUUACACGUUUGCAGCAUCAUUUGAGAAUGGUAAUGUGCAGCUUUGGGAUAUUCGCAAGCCUGACCGCUAUGAGAGGAUGUUCACUGCACACACUGGCCCUGUUUUUUGCUGUGACUGGCACCCUGAGGACAGAGGUUGGCUGGCAACAGGUGGGCGUGACAAGAUGGUAAAAGUAUGGGACAUGACAACCAACCGUGCCAAAGAGAUCUAUUGCGUGCAGACCAUCGCCUCGGUGGCCCGAGUCAAGUGGCGGCCAGAACGGCGCUUUCACUUGGCCACGUGCUCUAUGAUGGUGGACCACAAUAUCUACGUGUGGGACGUACGCCGCCCCUACAUCCCAUUUGCCACCUUCGAGGAGCACAAGGACGUGGCCACGGGCAUUGUGUGGCGCAACCCACAUGAACCACAUGUCCUGCUCUCAGGAUCUAAGGAUAGCACCCUCUAUCAGCACAUGUUUAAGGAUGCCAGUCGUCCAGUGGACGCGGCAAACCCUGAGGGUCUCAGCUUCGGCCUGUUCGGAGACCUGGCCUUUGCAGCCAAAGAGAGCCUGAUGUCAGCUGAGGGUGGGCGGAAACCUUGCCCAGGUGGAGACCGGCGCUACCCCAUUUUCUUUUUUAAGAAACCUGGUGUGAGAGAGCAUUUUGACCAGGUGUCCAGUGUGCUGAGUGUGUUUGAAUGCGAGUCGGAUGGAGGCACCAGGAUGGACUGGUUCAUUGAGACAGCACGCAGGUACCAGCUGAGUGGCCGCCCUUUUGGAGAGCUCUGUGACCACAAUGCCAAGGUCGCCAAAGAGCUCAACAGACCUCAGGUGUCAACCACCUGGACCAUGCUAAGGAUUAUGUAUUCUGAUCCGGGUCACCCAGCUCCAGCUGCUAAUCACAACAUGAGUAAAUUGGGUAACGUCCCUCUCAUUAACAGUUUCAGUUUAAAGGAGAUGAAUGCUGCUUUGAAUGAGAGAAACAAAGAAAAUCGACAGGACAACUUGCACAACCUGGAUUCUAACCAUAACGAUGAAAACGAAGAGACAGAGGGCAGUGAUGGCCAGGCAGAGUAUAUGUUUGGAGAUGCCGAUCUGGAUGACGAUGACCUCUACAGCAUGGAGCAUGACAACCAGGCAGCUGAGGAAGCUGAGUUUUCACUUCCCCAGGAGGCCUUCCCGCUGCGGCAUGAGAUUGUGGAGCAUGCGACAGCACCUGAGCCACCAGCCGAGAAGGCCGAGUCCCCACAGGCGAGUGGGGGUGAGACUGAAACAGUGUGUUUGACGCCCAUGGAGUCGUUCAGCCUGAUCUCGGUCUCACAGCUGCUAUUUCAGUCACGCCUGCCUCCUGGUUUCUUUAACGCCAUUGUUAAAGACACGCUGGCGUACUACGCUGAGCAGGGUGACGUGCAGAUGGCUGUCUCAGUGCUCGUUGUGCUUGGGGAACGAAUCCGCAGGGAGAUUGAUGAACUUACACAGGAACACUGGUACAUGUCCUACAUCGACCUGCUGCAGCGCUUUGAGCUGUGGAACGUCAGUAAUGAGGUGAUCAAACUGAGCACGUGCAGUGCCAUCACCUGCCUAAACCAGACCUCCACCACGCUGCAUAUCAACUGCAGCAACUGCAAAAGACCUAUGAGCAACAAAGGCUGGAUCUGUGACAGGUGCCACCAGUGUGCGAGUGUGUGUGCGGUGUGUCAUCACGUGGUGAGAGGGUUAUUCGUGUGGUGUCAGGGCUGCAGCCAUGGUGGCCACCUGGAGCACAUGAUGGAGUGGCUUAAGAACUCCAGCCACUGUCCUGCUGGAUGUGGACAUCUUUGUGAAUAUGCUUGACACACACAGUGGACGAGUGUAUAAAUGGCUAUGUUUACGUGCAGCUAAUAAUUGGAAUCAUUUCAUCUUUACAGCUCACUCAGAAUAGACUGAUCCAGUAGUGACCAAUCUGAAUGCAUUUUCAUCAUCUGUUAAAUGGAAGGUUAAACACUGUGCAAACUUCUGUCUCCGGGUUCUGGAGUUUCAGAACUUGUGAAUAUGUGCAUGGAUGUUUGUAUUUUGGGAAAAUAAUACUGUGAGAAAUCAAUGUUCCUACUACACCCAUCUAACCUACAUUUCUAAGCAGAUAAGAACAUUGCAUCUGACUUUUCACUGAAUAAGGAUUUUUGAAAGACGUUUGCUGCUUUGAACAUAAAACAAGACUCAUUUAAAAUAUAAAGUAGGUACUUAAAAACACUUGGGUAAUUGUACUCGCAUAAGCAGUUACUUUAGUGGUGUUUGGGUGGUGCAGCAGUAAAGCGUGCUAGCCCAUCACUGCUGAGAUCUGUGGUUCCAGAGACAGCAGGUCGUCUGCAUAGACAUAAGUGGCCGAGGGGGGUGGCCGAAACAGCCUAGCUACUGGGAGGCACACUUGCCAGUGCCGGUCCCAAGUCUGGAUAGAAAUAGGAGGCUUGUGUCAGGAAGCGUAUCCGGCAUAAAAACUGUGUAUUUGGUCUGGUAUGUGGACCAGAUCCACUGAGGCAUAUAGAUAUGGGCGCAGCCAAAAGAAAGAAAUGAGCGAUUUCUUUAGAUCAUAAGAAUUCCUUUGCACCUGACCUUUAUCUACACAUAGACUAUGCCAAAAGUAUUUAUAUGCCUGACCAUGAGCUUGUUAGACAUGCCAUGGAUUGGUGUCCUGUCCAGAUUGUUUCUGCCCUGCGCUCAGUGUUUCACGACUGGUAAACGACACACAACUAAGAUUGCUCACGUUAAAGCUGCAUGAGUGCACACAUUGUCACACAGCAUGUACAAACAUGACCAAAAAGCCACUCCAUACGUUUACAUAGGAGUGUACUGUGCUAGAGAAAUGAACUCAGUUUAAUCUGAACUUUUUGCAUGUAAACAUAGCCAGUAAUGGAGAAUGCAUCAUUCAUCAAGCUAGUGCUGCUUCAGACAAAUUGUAUUCAUUGAAAUCUGUACAAACAUACAAUAUCAUCUUCAAAGUUAGACCUGUUGCAGUGUCUUACGCAGCUGUGAAUCAGAUUUAUUUUUGUUGUCUGAAUAUUUUUACCUCAAUGAUUGGAAAUGCAGCGUCCAAACAAUGAAGCUGCUUCCUUUUGUCUAUCUCUUUUUAUUUCUGAUUGUAUUCUGUAUGCAGGUUGGUUUGGUUGGUUAAUGAGAAAAGCAAACACAUGAUACAGUUAUUUUACAGUAACUGUAGGAAUGUUGAUUAUUACAAGUAUUUAUUUGAUUAAUAUCAUGGAUUUUUUACUGUUUGUACAAUAAAGUACAGCAAUAUUGAGUUGGGCAGUACAGAAUAUGCUUUUGUUCUUAAAAAAAUCUACUUACUCCAUGACACGAUUACCAGUAGGAAACCUUUUUUUCGAAGCAUCAUUUAAAAAUGGUCUGUAAUGUGGAUGCUUUAUUUACAGUAUUUGGAUAUUUGAAUAUAUCACAGAUAAGAAGAUUGGUAACUGGGUGUAUUUCUGUUUUUUGGGAAUGAAACAAACUAAUUUGUUAACGCUUUAUCCUCAUUUGCUUAUGUGCAAAAAGUAAGCCCAUUUCUACAUUAAUGCUCAUGCAUAUUUGUCAUACUGAGUCAUGUUUAGAUCAUUAAAGCACAUUUUUAUGCAAUAAGAACUUCGUAAAAACACGUUUUGUAAAAUUUUUUUUAUUUAUUUAAAGAACAAUCAACAAGUGAGAAUUGACUACAAAUAAAUUGGGAGAUAAUUGGGUAAACACCCAAAACAAUUUAACAUGAUUUUAAUAGAAAUUAAGACUAAUAUACUUGAUUGGAAUUCAACUGGGGUUAAAUUACAACAGUUGAUUCUUUAAAAAUACUAAACACAUUUUAAUCAGGAUUUGGUGCCUUUGAUGUUUUAGGACCAUAUUUGUAAAUUUUAGUUAAAAGAAACAAUAAAUGCACAAUAAAAGCAAUAACAAGCAAAACUGUGAUCCUGCAAUGUUUACAAGACCUGCUGGGCAUAAACAGCUGAUACUUGCCACUUUUCCAUCAGUGUAAUCAGCACCAGCCUAAUCUAGACUCAUAAUGCAUUUUUUAAAAUAGUACAUUUUAAUAUUGAUUUUCUUUUUAAUUUCUCAUUUUAUCUCAUGUACUGAUUUAUUAUCUGGAAAAUAUAACAAUAUUUAAAAAUCUGUUAAAAUCAGUGCUGACCCAUGUGCAUGGUGAAACAGUAAAAUGGGAGCCGAGUCUGUGCAUUAAAAUUUAUUUUACUUAAGCUCAGCUGAGGUUCUAAUUCUAUAAAAAAUUAUUUAAAACAAUAAAAAAAAAAUUUUAUAUUUAAGAAAGACUGA